UUCUGCUACCCCUCAUUGAACCACUUGAGCCUGGAACAGAUGGAAAGAUUGUAGAGGGGGAAAAUAAGCAAGCAGCAGAGAGAGAGAGAAGUAGGAGAAGCCAUGCAGAGAGUGAGGCAGCCCAGCGACGAUGCUUGAUGAAGUGAAACACUGACCAGCAAAAAGGCUUUCUUCCACUGUGACUGAGCCUCAGAGAAUCCAAGGAAUCAGACAGGACAGUUCUCAGGGGAGACACCAACUCAUCGUCCCAGCUGACUGGAAAAAAAAAAACAGUACAGGACUUGGAGAGCUCAAAAGAGGAACAUUAGAGACGAGGAGAAAAAGAGUUCUUCAGAUGAGAGUUAAAGCAGAGAGGCAGAGGGAGAUGCUCAGAGGGACCAGAUAGAGAAGAGAAAAGUGAAAUAAGUGACAGGAUUGCUACAGGUGUGUCCACAAGGACUCCCCCGAACAAAAAGCUGCUGCAAGUGAAACAGAGAGUGACAGAGUGAGAUCAGACACAGGUACAGUGACAGAGCUAGAGCAGGAUGGCCAACUCAGGUCUCCAGUUGUUGGGUUACUUCCUAGCGUUGGGUGGCUGGAUCGGCAUCAUCUCCACCACUGCCUUGCCCCAGUGGAAGCAGUCAUCGUAUGCUGGCGAUGCCAUCAUCACGGCCGUGGGUCUGUACGAGGGGCUGUGGAUGAGCUGCGCCUCGCAGAGUACAGGACAGGUGCAGUGCAAGAUCUUUGACUCCAUGCUCUCGCUGGACAUCCACAUCCAGACAUGUCGGGCCCUUAUGGUCGUGUCAGUCCUGCUGGGCUUUAUCGGCAUCAUCGUCAGCGUGGUGGGCAUGAAGUGCACUAAGGUGGGAGAUAACAACCCAGCCACCAAAACCCGCAUCGCUGUGACCGGAGGAACUCUCUUCCUGCUCGCAGGUCUGUGUACGCUGGUGUCUGUGUCCUGGUACGCCACUCAGGUGUCCUAUCAGUUCUUCAAUCCAAACACACCGCCCAACGCCAGGUAUGAGUUCGGCUCUGCCCUGUUUGUGGGCUGGGCGGCAGCCAGUCUGACUGUCCUGGGUGGCUCCUUGCUGUGCUGCUCCUGCUCUAAAGACGAUAUGCGAGGGCAGCAAUAUUAUCGCCAAUCACAGCCUUCCACAGCCAGGGAGGCAGAGUUGUUGAGUGAAACUAGUUUCCCUGACUGAUCAGCCCCCGCCUUUUUAUCGAGGACUACCCGACUGUCCAACCACUGCCCCCUCCCCCCCUUUUUUUCCUGUUAUCUCUUAGACCCUAAAUUUGGACCUCUUGUUGCAGAAUAUUUCCCUGUCCUCAGCAAUACAGCUGCACCUUAUCUUUUCUAAUGGGAACCACUGUCUUCUCCCAUUUUCCCUUCUGAGCCUUUUCUGUAAAUAUGGACUCUUAAAGGAGAUGUGAUCAGACCUUCUAUUUAAAAAAUGAGAUGGCCUCCUCCAUUUCAGCCCAGCAGCCCUCUACUACACCUCCCACACCCUCCUCUGCCCCGUCAUUGGCUGAAAGUUAACAAUGAGUUGAAACCCAUUGUGGUUCUAUUGCGCUGAUUUAUGAUUUCACUUAUAUCCUAUGACCUCUGGGUGUUUUGUAAAUGUGUCUUUUGGGUUAUUUUGUGCACUGUGACUGGACUUUGACUGAAACGUGUCUUUCUUUCCCUUUUGAAUUGCAGACCAAAUGUUAAAAGUACCCCACCAGAGAAAAGGGAGCAGUACUUGUAGUUUGGGAGAGUCUUCUGGCCUUACCAUGGUUUAGAUUGUGUCAACAGACAAAACCCUCUCUCUGAGGAAUUCAAAACAGACAAGCAGACACCUUUAAAGAAAGAACUUAUGAACAGCAACCUUUCAAGCAUAUUGCAGCAACAUAAAUUAGAGUCUUUGUUAAAGUGAAAGAAAUGUUUUGUAGGUUUUCUGACAUAGGAGGAUUGAGAAAGGCGAUAUCAUUGUCUUGUCUGCUUUGUUGACUUGGGGGAGACAGUCAUUCAGGGUAUGUUUUCAAUAACAUGUUAAAAUGCCCGGGUGUAUAUACCACCUACUAUUCUUUUUUUCUUUUUUUUUUCUACAUAUAUAAUGUUUUACUACAGUGCCUUGUAACACGUUUGUGCACACAUUUGUUUUUGAGUUUCUAGUCUCCCAUCUGAGGGAUGUGUGCCCAUAGUUCCUCUGCCAGCAGUUCUGUGUGCCUUUUUCUAUUGUUGGAUUUCUGAAAAUGAAUGUGAAGCUUCUCUUCAGUACCACUUAUGAAACAACAAAGACAAACACACGAUAGAUCUUCAGCACGGUGCCUUACACCACUCUUUGGAAUAAGCUGUGUGCCUGUUUCCAAGUAGCCUGGAUUGAGGAUAUACCAAGUACAUUCAUUUUGUUUUAAGUGCCAAUAUGAAUUUGUGUGAGUGAUGGAGUCGUUGUAUUAUUGCCUCUGAAGGAUGUACUGUACUGUGUGUUGUCUUCUUUACUAAGGAACACCAGUUCGUGGAGUGUUCAAAUGCCCUUCUGAUGCCUGCAUUUAUUUACCAUUCCAUUCCUUUCUCUAAUAUUUACCUCCUCAGUGUUGUGUAUCAUCUCAUUUACAGUAUAC